GCUGCUUUAAAAAAUAACUUGGAGCGAACGUAACGGUCGCCAUGGGGCAACGCGGCGCCAAGACUUUCCAGUUCCUCAGCAGUUUUAAGGUGACGGGGAAGCGAGCCGAAUACUCGCGCUAGACGAACAACUCAACUACAAGACAGAAAAGAGUUUGAGGUGCUGAAAAGAUGUUGAGACAGACUCUACCUCGUAUUUCCGGAGAGAGGGAUGAGAGGAGAGCGGAUCAACCAGAGACGACAGAGAUGUACGGCUCAACUGUUCCCAACUUCUGCUGAAAUCCAGCUGGAAUGACUCGCUUUUUACAAGUCGCGUGAAUAACUUUUAGCAAACCAAACCUCAGAGAACAAGCUGGUCCGGGAUGCCAGACAAUAUCGCUUUUCUGACGAACAGCACAGAUUUGGGGCACGUCGGUCGCGCGUUGGGUUCGAGCGCGCGCCCCGCCUGGGCGAUAGCGGUGCUGGCCAGCGUGCUGAUCUUCACCACUGUGGUGGAUGUUUUGGGUAACCUGUUAGUCAUAAUUUCGGUGUUCAGGAAUCGGAAACUGAGAAAUGCUGGCAACGUGUUUGUUGUCAGUUUGGCCUUCGCUGACUUGGUGGUGGCUUUCUAUCCCUACCCGCUGGUCUUGUACGCGAUCUUCCACGACGGCUGGUCUCUGGGGGAAACCCAAUGUAAAAUCAGCGGAUUUCUAAUGGGCCUGAGUGUGAUCGGCUCGGUUUUCAACAUCACCGGCAUCGCCAUCAACCGUUACUGCUACAUCUGUCACAGCUUUGACUAUGGACGUCUCUACAGCUUCCGUAACACUCUGCUGUUAGUGGCCCUGAUCUGGGCGCUCACUGUGCUCGCCAUUCUGCCCAACUUCUUUGUGGGUUCGCUGAGUUACGACCCCCGUGUUUACUCCUGCACCUUCACUCAGACUGCCAGCAGCUCCUACACUGUGGUGGUGGUGGUGGUUCACUUCCUGGUGCCCAUCGCGGUGGUGACCUUCUGCUACCUGAGGAUUUGGGUUCUGGUGAUACAGGUGAGGAGGAAGGUGAAGAGCGAGGAACGCUCAAGGGUGAGACCCAGCGACCUGCGCAACUUCAUCACCAUGUUCGUGGUGUUCGUCUUAUUUGCAAUCUGCUGGGCUCCACUCAAUCUAAUCGGUCUCGUGGUGGCCAUCGACCCAGAGGUCAUGGCUCCACGUAUUCCAGAGUGGCUCUUUGUGGUCAGCUACUUUAUGGCCUAUUUCAACAGUUGCCUCAAUGCAAUCAUUUAUGGACUCCUCAAUCGGAACUUCCGAAAGGAGUACGUGCGAAUCAUGACGUCGGUGUGGAUUCCUCGGAGGUUUGUGACUGAGACCUCCAGGGCAGCCACAGAUGGGAUGAGGAGCAAACCCUCACCAGCCAUUAAUAACAACGAGUAACUUUUGUUUUCAGCCGAUCACUGUUUAGGAGGAAACGUCAUGGAUGCAUGAAGCUAAUUUAUAUGCGUUGAACUGUGAACACUUGACUUUUUUAAUGCUACAAAACCAUUAUGUACAACUCAGGGUGCUUAUUUUAUUUUCAUCCUUGGCUUAUUGGAAAUUUGUGAGUGCCUAAAUUUCUGCAAAACUUGAAACUUUAAGUACGUUUUACUGAAUUUUUCAGGUGACUCAUCUACAAACAGCGCUAUUAGUCAUUUCAUUUUUUUCUCCGUUGAAGAUGCAGGUUUAUUAAACAGCACAGCACCAUGAAAAUGACAUUCCUGUGAGAACGAAAUCAUUGGAAAAUGAUAUCGCAUUGCUUGUAGCAUGUUUCACAGCAGUUUCAAAGCAAACAGCUGAACAUGAAUGAACUAAUGCUUUAUUACAUUGUUUGUAACACGGCAAUUCAGUAGUCAAGAGUGCUGCACAAAUGCUCUAUUGCAUUUUAAAUUAAUGUACCACCUACACUAAACCCUGCCGAUUAGUUUUAAGAAGAGCAAAUAUUUGAUAAAAACACAUUUGGUGAAGCAACCACAACAUUUGAGCUUCAAAGCUUUGAGCUAUUUUUACAGGACACAUACCAAAAUACCAGGUGAAUGACAAAAAAUAUGUUCAAACGGAGCAAUUUAUGUAAUGCAAAGGUUAAUGUUCAUUUUAGCAUGUAUACAUGUGUUUAUGCAGUAUGUAGAAAUGUGGGCAGUUACAUGUUUCCAGUGAGCCUUGGUUGUUUAUUUUUGAUGUUGUGAUCCAUUUCAGAACACUAUUAUUAUUAUUAAUCGUAUUAAUAAAUAUUUAUCUCACCAUUUAUAUUGAAAAUUAAAUGAAGUAAGUUUUAUGAUUUGUUUAUGAUCCAUGCAUAUUUAUUGAAGACAUUUUGUACAAUUUUGUGGGUCUGUUGUAUAUAUGUUGUAUAAACAAGUAUGUAUCACAUAUUUUAGCCAUUUUCAAUUCAGAACUUCUGCCUUACACUUGAACAUUCACAUCAAAUCUGAAAAAAAAAUCCAUAUAUUUAAUCAAGGUGCCAAAUGUUAAUACUUUGACAGUAAGUAUCUGAUAUACCAAAUCAGUUUGUCAUAUCGAACCAAAUGAGAUUCUGAGAGCAACCUAAUUUAAAUGUAAUGUCAACAGAGCUUUAAUGAGCGAAGAGCUUCCAGCACAGCAAGAUAAAGCACAAGCUUCAAAAAAAAAAGAAAAAAAAAAAAGCACUUCAUGCGGAUUCCGCAAAGACAAAUUUAGCUUUUUCAAAGCGAACGGUGACAGCGAGCGGUCAGUCAGUAAUCAGUUUCAAUCUGUUUUCACCUCUUAUCUUUCAAACAUUAAAUGUCAUUCAUGACUUUGGGGUUAUUACUCUGCCAGGAAAUGCGCAUGACUCUGAAACCAUGUAUUUUCUUCAA